AUGAGCGGAGCUAUUCCGGACGAGUUUGACAUUAUUGUCUGUGGUGGCGGCAGCUGUGGUUGUGUCGUUGCUGGACGACUUGCCAACUUGGACCACAAUCUCAAGGUGCUUCUUAUUGAGAAUGGCGAGAGCAACCUGAACAACCCAUGGGUGUUCCGGCCGGGUAUCUACCCACGGAACAUGAAGCUUGACUCAAAGACGGCUACGUUCUACGAGUCCAGACCGUCUAAGCAUCUCUCUGGACGCUCGGCCAUUGUCCCUUGCGCCAACAUUCUCGGUGGAGGUUCUUCGAUUAACUUCAUGAUGUACACCCGUGCAUCGGCUUCCGACUAUGAUGACUUCCAGGCAAAGGGCUGGUCCACCAAGGAGCUCCUGCCUCUGAUGAAGAAGCACGAGACAUAUCAGCGAGCUUCCCACAAUAGGGACACUCACGGAUUCGACGGGCCUAUUAAGGUUUCCUUCGGCAACUACACGUACCCCAUCAAGGACGACUUCCUUCGUGCUGCUUCGUCUCAGGGUAUCCCUGUCGUCGACGAUCUCCAGGAUCUGUCAACUGGCCAUGGAGCUGAGCACUGGCUGAAGUGGAUCAACCGAGACACUGGCCGCCGUAGUGACAGCGCUCACGCAUACAUCCACGCAACCCGGGCCAAGCACUCCAACCUGUACCUUGCCUGCAACACCAAAGUUGACAAGGUCAUUAUUGAGAACGGCCGGGCUGUGGGCGUUCACACCAUCCCGAGCAAGCCACUCCGCCCCAAUGAGCUUAAGGGACGCACGUUCAGAGCUCGCAAGCAGAUCGUCAUCUCCGGCGGCACUCUUUCUUCGCCUCUCAUUCUCCAGCGCUCUGGUGUUGGUGACCCCGAGAAGCUUCGCCGCGCUGGCGUAGAGCCCAUUGUCGACCUUCCCGGCGUUGGUCUCAACUUCCAGGACCACUACCUCACAUUCUCGACCUACCGCGCAAAGCCCGGCACCGAGAGCUUUGACGACUUCGUCCGCGGAGACCCCGAGACCCAGAAGCGCGUAUUUGAUGAGUGGAACAUUAAGGGCACCGGCCCCCUCGCCACCAACGGUAUCGAGGCUGGUGUCAAGAUUCGCCCUACUCCCGAGGAACUCGCCGAGUUUGAGAAAUGGCCCACUCCACACUUCAAGGACGGCUGGAAGUCGUACUUCGAGAACAAGCCCGACAAGCCAGUCAUGCACUACUCAGUCAUUGCUGGCUGGUUCGGCGACCACAUGGUGAUGCCCCCAGGAAACUUCUUUACCAUGUUCCACUUCCUCGAGUACCCCUUCUCUCGUGGAUCCACCCACAUCAAGUCGCCCAACCCCUACGACGCGCCCGACUUUGACGCGGGCUUCAUGAACGACGAGCGAGACAUGGUCCCCAUGGUUUGGGGUUACAUCAAGUCUCGCGAGACGGCCCGCCGCAUGGACGCCUACGCCGGAGAGGUCGCCAACAUGCAUCCCUUCUUCUCGUACGACUCGGAGGCGCGCGCUAGGGACAUGGACCUCGAGACCACUAACAAGUACGCCCUUCCCGGUAAUCUCAGUGCGGGUAUCCAGCACGGUAGCUGGACUCAGCCGCUUAACGAGGCGGAGAGCAAGGCCGACAAGAUCAAGACUCUGUCGGCUCAUCGCGUUGAUGCUCGUGAUGAGCUCAAGUACUCCGAUGAGGAUAUUAAGGCUGUUGAGGAGUGGGUUAAGCGCCACGUUGAGACCACCUGGCACAGUCUCGGAACCUGCUCCAUGGCUCCCAAGGAGGGCAACAGCAUUGUCAAGCACGGUGUCUUGGACGAGCGCCUGAACGUCCACGGCGUCAAGGGCCUCAAGGUUGCCGAUCUUUCCAUCUGCCCCGACAACGUCGGUUGCAACACAUAUUCCACCGCUCUUCUCAUCGGAGAGAAGGCCGCCAUGCUUGUUGCCGAGGAUUUGGGAUACUCUGGCGAGGCCCUCGAGAUGAAGGUGCCCACGUAUCACGCGCCCGGCGAGUUUGUUCUCCAACAUCGUCUCUAA